ACAACACACAUGUAUUAACUCAGUUUCCAUGGACCAGGAGUGUGGGUGUGGCUUAACUAGGUCCCCUGCAUCAUGAUCUCUUGCCAGGCUGCAAUCAUGUGUUGAUCAGGGCUACGCGCUCAUCGGAAGGCUCAGCUGGACAAGGAUCUUAACUCCCGUAGUUGCUGGCAGAAUUGAGUUCCUGGAGGGCUGCUGGACUGAGGGCCCCAGCCCUCGCUUAUGUGAUGGCUCUAGGCCACCCUCAAGUCUUUGCCGUGUGGUGUCUCUAGCAUUGCCACUUAUGUGCCACCUGCGAAGGCAGUGGAAGUUCUGCUAACAAGAUGCACUUGAGUGACUGAGCUGGUGGCGGGCCAGAUGGCAGAAGGCACCAGCUGUCUUGGAGACCCCCCUGCGGAAGCAGGUGCUCUCUGGGAGACCCUCAGUGCACUCCUGCCACACAGUAAAGAAGAACUGAAGUUGGACCUCAGCGACAGCAUAGAGAGGAGCGUAGUGACGUUGCUGCAGCAAGCCACCGAGCUCUUCUAUGAGGGCAGGAGGGAUGAGUGUCUGCAGACAAGCGAGAUGAUCCUGGACUACUCUUGGGAGAAGCUCAACACGGGGACAUGGCGGGACGUGGACAAAGACUGGCGACGGGUCUACGCCUUUGGCUGCCUGCUAAAAGCCGUCUGUCUGUGCAAGGCACCUGGAGAUCCCACCACCCUGGCUGCAGCCCUGAGGGUGUGUGACCUGGGCCUGCUGAUGGGGGCGGCCAUCCUUGGGGACAUCCUCAUUAAAGUCGCUGCUAUCCUCCAGACACACCUCUCUGGAAAAAGGCCUGCCCAAGGUGCGGCCCAGGAGCAGCCCAGCACAAAGAAAGCAAGGACGGACCAUGUUGUGAUUCCAGAAGUGAAGUUAGAAAGAACAGUCCCACGGCUUCACCGUCCAUCCCUCCAGUAUUUCAGGGAGCAUUUUUUGGUUCCAGAGAGGCCUGUGAUCUUGGAAGGCGUGGCUGACCACUGGCCGUGCUUGAGGAAGUGGAGUCUGGAGUAUAUCCGAGAGAUUGCUGGCUGCCGAACAGUCCCAGUGGAAGUUGGUUCCAGGUACACAGACGAGGAGUGGUCCCAGACACUCAUGACAGUCAACGAGUUCAUCAGCAGAUACAUCGUGGGCGAGUCAAGGGACAUCGGGUACCUUGCUCAGCACCAGCUCUUUGACCAGAUCCCAGAGUUGAAGCAGGACAUCAGUAUCCCGGAUUACUGCAGCCUGGGCGACGGGGAGGAAGACGAGAUCACCAUUAAUGCCUGGUUUGGUCCCCAAGGAACUGUCUCCCCACUUCAUCAGGACCCCCAGCAAAACUUCCUAGCCCAGGUGAUUGGCAGGAAAUACAUCCGCCUGUAUUCCCCCCGGGACUCGGAGGCUUUAUAUCCUCAUGACUCGCACCUUCUUCAUAACACGAGCCAGGUUGACGUGGAGAAUCCCGACUUAGAGAAGUUCCCCAGGUUUGCCGAGGCCCCAUUCCUGUCCUGCAUCCUGUCUCCUGGAGAGAUCCUGUUUAUCCCAGUGAAGUACUGGCAUUAUGUGCGUGCUCUGGAUUUGAGUUUCUCAGUCAGCUUCUGGUGGUCAUAGCCGGGUUGAAAGGGCCCAAAUCACAAACGGCAGUCAGCAAUUUGCCCACUCGCUGCUCUGUUCCCAGCCUGCCGUCAGGUCCUGCGAUCCAGAGACAAGCAGGACUGAGCCUAUGUCCUGAGGAGGCCUCUGCUGCCCAGUGGUAGCCCUGGGUGAUGAGUGUGGGCACUACGCAGACAGAGCAGAAGAGCCCAGGAAGGGCACACAGAAUGAGUGUGGCAGCCUGCACCAAGGCUUGCAGCAUCUGAGGCCUAAUGUGGUGGGAGACAGGCAGGUGGCGUGUGCCCAUCAGCAGUACAGCAUGGCUCUGCGGGCAGCUGCUGGAUCCACACCAGCCCA